GUCGCCAACCACUGAUUCACCAUGAGACACAGAGUCACCAUCUUGAACCACGAACAGAACCAUGAUAAUAUCAUAGGGCUGGUCAACUCCACAUACUUGCACCUCAAUGAUGUCAAUUACACCCGUGAGGACCGCUUCAGCAUGGAAUUCAAAAACAAGUUCCAGUACAUCAAGCAGCUUCGGAUUUCAGCAGGCAAUUUCGACUCUCCUGUCUUCCACUACAACACCAUGGGCUUGACGAUAUACGCAGUUCCUAGCACAAGCAACAAACAUGACUUUUUCUCCGAGAUCAACCCGUUUCUCAUGAACUUGUUCAAGAUAGAUAUCCAGGACUCCAACUGGAUUCUUUCCAAAAACGCUUUACUCCUUCAUAUCCCCCAGUAUGAAAUGUCGCCCAUGAAUAAGUUGUUGAUGGAGCUUACAAACAUAAAGGUUCAAACUGAUGUGGUGGAUUUUUUGUAUGAUUCCGACAAACUUGUGGUGAGCUUCAUUAACACUGAUCGGUCUGCCAUUAUCAAGUCAUCUGAUCCAAGUGUGUACGAGGAAAUCGGAAUAUUUCUAAUUGAUGACAACUCCACCGCUGACGACAUGAUCUUGAGUGGCUUGCGAGUGGUUUUGGGUGAGGAAAGCCCGCUAUUCAAGACGCUUUUCCAUAUCAAGCCCCGGUUCAGAUCAGUUUCCACCACCAGCGAGGUCAUUCGAAAUGGCUUGCAUCCCAAAGUCAAAACCACCAUAUCUUCUAAACAAGCUCAUCCAUCCGACCCGGAUGUCAUGGACUGUAAGCUCUACUACUAUCUUACGUUGAGCAAGUCGUUGUUCAUAGAUAAGUACGAUUUGGGAGAUAACUUUAAGUUUGUGUUGAACUUUGGCAACAAUGACUUGGAACUCCCGGAGUACAAAAUUAAUGAAUGGGGGAAUGAAGUACUUCUCGAAGUGCUGGACUGGUCCAAAGACAUGUACUUGAACUUACAUUCGCGGUAUCAACUCCCGAGCCAAAGUCACCUGACAUCCAAACAGGUACAGGUGGACUCUCCCAUUGUGUUUUUUGGCUGCGAUGAUACCAGCGAAAGAAACAUUUUGCAGCAUAAUCCCUUCAUCAACGACUUUCCCAUCGGUAACAAAUAUGCCCAAUUUUUCACCAAUGAUACCAUCUUCUACGAGUCUAUUACCAAUGCCAAAUUACAAGUGGACAUUCCCGUGCCCAAUAAGGAUUUUGAAUUGGUGGGGCUCAUCACUAGUGUGAGUUUAGCGGUUGGGUUGCUCAUUAUCAUAUUACAGCUUCUAAACACCAAAACUACAAUUACAAAGAAGAAAUUAGAAUAGAUCAAGGGCGCUUUUGAGGUGGUCUUCAAGCAGCACAAUCUCAUACUCAAAGCACUCAUUGUCUUUUCCCUCAACACUGAAGAAAUGGUUGAUGUAUUCAUCAAAAAUGCACACGGUCUGGUUCACCAACUGGUCGAACCGGUGACUGGAGCAUGCGGCCAAGUUGCCAUUGAUGAUGAAUAUGGUGUUUCUUAAUCCAGAGUCAAAGGUGUGGUCGUUAUCAUUAUCAUUAUCAUUAUCAUUAUCAUUAUCAUCACCAUCGUUUUUUCCAUUAUACUUCCCUUCGUUCCAGUCCUGGACCCGCUCGAUAAUCUCCAUGAUGUUCUCGUCCAAAUGCGUUAGCUUGCCGAUAAAGUCCUGGAAUCCAAGCUUCAUGUUCACCAACCCAUUUAUCAUCACUCGCGAGUUGUUCAACUGCUUAUAAUGUUUCACAUUGGAAAGAAUUUGCAACUUCAUCGAGUGUAACGUUGCCUGGUAGCUUUCCCCCAAGGCAUCAAGGGCCCCUUCUAUCACCAGCAACAUCUCGUUGAUGUGGAAAUUUAGGGUCUGAAGUUCAAUCAUAGCAGCUUCUGCAAGGUCCGGGGCUCGGGCUCGGAUCAUCAAUGGGUCGAAGUUUUCUGCUAACGUGGCUAGGUUGUGGGCAAAGAACAACUCCUGAUUGAAGUAGUCCGACAAAGAUCUCCUGUUAACAAAGAUUAACGGGAUCAUGUGUUUGAGUUCUCCAAAUGUGGGAGAGUCAUUUUGUUGGUGAUGGGUCUGGUGGAGCUUAAGCUCAGGCCUAUGGUCAGGAUCACCACAUUGAUAGUUGGUUAGUUUUAGGUUUAUCGUCUCUAGAUGAGACUUACUUAGUGUAUAGUAAGACAUAUAUAUUAUGGGGAUGAGUAUAUAUGGCAGAUUAGUGUUUAUAUAUGUCUGGCAAAAAAUGUGUUGCUAGAGUGGGCCAAGCCGCCUCUAAUUUAUGUGGUGAAAAUGGGGAAGGGUUUUUUUUGGGCUUCCCCACGUAAAGGCAAAAGAGCAAAAAAGAAAACUCUUGUCGUAUUGCUGGGGGGUUAAUCUCGGCAAUGAAUGGAGUUCCCUAACCAACAAUGCAUUUAUGCUGCAUUAUGGUGCAGGAUGAUUAAAACUGCCAAAUGGUCGCUAACCAGUGGGGAUCUCGCUUAUAGUUCGUCCUUGGCAAUUUCGGUUGCAAAUCGGGGUUCGGGGGCUCCGGGGGUCUCGGGAACUAGAAUCUUAUACUCAAUGAAAAGGUCACCAUGACUAUCAUCAUCAUCCACGAACGGCAUUCCUCUGCCUUUAAUUACCUCAACCUCGUUGUUCACAACCACUUGCUGAGGAUGUCUCAGAAGAUGGAUUUCCGGGUCUACAGGGUCAAAAAAUGGUAUGGUGCGGCUCCAAUUCCCUUCAAGGGCCUCUGCAAGCGUCAACACUUCGGUUCGGUAUAAAUUAUGACCCACACGGCGGUAUCCCCAGGUAUCCUUGAAGUCUUCCUGGAUAUUCACAAUCACGUCUCCGGGGGUCCAAUCGGGGUUUUCAUCUCCUUCUCCCUCGAUUACACUGUGAUGGUUUCUUUCCAAUCCGGCUGGCAAGUAUAUAGAAAAAUCCUUCUUGACGUCCUCCACCCCAGCUCCAUGACACCGUGAACAUUUAUGCUUAAUUACGGUACCUUUUCCUCCACACUCAUCGCAUUGCACCUGAAAUGUCUGGAUCAUUCCAGGCCCAAGUUGACGUCUCAUCUGUACGAUUCCUUGCCCUCCACACUUGGUACAUGGGUGUCUCUGUUUAUCCUUGGAUCCACUGCCUUCACACCCUGAACAAAUGGCCUUCAUUUGGAGUGAGAAGUUCAAGUCAAUCCCCGUGUAAAAGUCUUUCAAAGGAACAUCGACCGCCGCCAACUUGUUUUCGCCCUUACGGACUCUUCUGGCAUUGCCUCCUCCACCUCUACCACCCAUGGGGCCACCACCACCACCUCCUCCUCCAAAAAAUUGGCUGAAAAGGUCUCCCAAAUCAAUCCGAUUAUCAGGUUGGGCAUUAGGGUCUCCAUACGUGUCAUAGUUCUUCUUUUUCUGGGGAUCCGAUAAGACAUCAUAUGCUUCUCCUACCUCAAUGAAUCUCUCGUGGGCUUCUUCACUCGGAUUUUUAUCUGGGUGGUAUAACUUACUCAAACGUCGAUACGCCAGCUUGACGGUUUUAUCAUCAGCAUCUUUCCCAAUAUCCAAGAUUUUGUAGUAGUCCUUGGCUUGGGCAAGUGCUAGGAGCGAGGCCACUAGCAAUAGUAUGAAAAAGUGCAUGGUGCCUCUCAAAUAUGUCGUGGACUAAAGAAUACGUUUUGUAAACCUAUUUACACGUCAACACUU